AUGAAUAGCAACAACCGUGAAACCACUAGUCCAGGCGGGAAUAACCCGUCUGCUGACUCUUCCACUAACAUGACAGAUGCCGAAUAUAUUGGCAAUCUUUUGAACAACACUAAUACAAAUGCAACUAAUUCAAACUCAACUAAUUCAGGCCCGACUAAUUCAAACUCAACCAAUUCAAAUUCAACUAACACAAGUACACACAAUACAAGCUCUUCUGGCAAUAAUAGCAGUGCCACUGGCAAUGGAAAUGGGAAUACUUCCCCCAUGAGAAGAAUGCCUUCUUCAGCAUCGUCCAAUUCUGGUAAUACUUCAUCAUCUUCCAGCCGCAUAUUCUCUGCAUUUAAUAGAAGUCAUAGAGCGGAGUUAGGUCUUUUUGAUAGAUUUAGAGAUACGGUUUCGGGUUUGUACCGUUCCAACAGAACCAGCAGAGAAGGUAGUCACCAGCCUAACUCUGCUACACAGACUUCUACAGAUAUACCUACUGUUGUGCCACAGGCUGCUCAGCUUGAAACAACUGCUACAAUCGAUACCAGCGGCCCUACCACUGGACCUUCUGCUCUGACUUUCAACAGUGAAAGUGACUAUACUCGUGCUAUAGUCAUCACCGUUAACUAUGUGUUUUCUGACGAGAACAACCCUCAGUAUCCCAACAGGGCCGGAUCAUUGAUCAUGUCACUCCCCAAUAAUUCAUCCAAUAGAGACCCCAGAGUAAUCCAGGAGUUCAUCAGAUUGGCCACACAAAUGGCUUAUUCCACCAUCAUUAACGGUUUACACAAGGAGAAAGGUGUAACUCUUUGUAAAUUCAAUUCUUUCCCGAGUGUUAAGGAAGCUGAUUUGGGCGAUUCUCGAGCAUGCUCUAUCUGUUUUGACGAAUUUGACAUGGUAGAAGCAGAAAAAGAAAAAUCAUUGGUAGACGAAAGUGAUGAUGAGCUAGUUGUAGUGAAGAAGAGAAGAAUAGACGAACUAAGACUGGCUGCUACGAGCGAAAGCAAUAGCAGAGUACAAUCCGAUGACGAAUCAGACUCGGCUAUUCCUCCCUCGAACAACAUUCUUGAAAGCACUUCCAUCGACUCCACAAACACCGAUCUACCCAAUACAGACCCUGCAAGUACAUCGAAUACAAAUCCAACUAAUACAAAUACACCCAGCACCAAUGAAGAGCUGGCAGAGCCAAAGUACUUAUCUGAGUACACUGGGGUUUUUGAUCAUAGCCCAAUCAGGAUGACUUGUGGUCAUAUCUUUGGAAAGGAUUGUCUUUCGGAAUGGUUAAAAGAGCACACUACUUGCCCAUUGUGUAGAGAUUCAGUCGCAGAACCAACGUCAAGAACGAAUUCAAGCAAUGUGACAAUCUUUAACUUACCUACCAACUCUAGUCGUCCAACUACAACCGAAGCUCAUGUUGACAUUAACGAGACUACGACUCCCCAAGAAGAAACCUCAAUUGACUCAGAUACCGUUUAUCGGGAAGCUGACAGAUUCCACUACUUUCCUUUAUCAGGAGGUUCAGCGCGUCCUUUGAGAAGAGUUCUCAGAUCUGGAAGCGGUAUAUCUGAUGCGGCAGCAGAACAGACAGAAAGAGACUACUCUACCUCACACAGCCAGUUUUCUCACAUCUUGGGCUUUCUUAGAAGACAAAGAACAGGCAACCAUCCUGAGCCAUUGUUUCCAACUGGAAUUUCCAGCAGAAGAACAGCCAAUGGUAUUGAGACGAGACUGACUGAUGAAGAUGACGAUGCUGCUUCGGAAAUUCUCGAUUUCAUGAAUUUGCAUGAGUUUAAUCCUCCGGUCAAUUCUGAUUCAGCGAACACUAUUUCUGAAGCAG